UCCUUAUUUCCUCACUGCAGUUUGAAACUGUCAGGUUGCUGCUAAGGAAGCUGCUGAGUUCGCUGUUGUUUCAGCGGCUAACGCGGCGAGAAGACACUGAAAGAGAAGUCCAGGUUUGCGGAGAGCAGCGACAGUGGGUAGCGACGCCCCGGGCGGACCCCGCGCCCCUGGAGGAGGCUUUGGCGUGGGGUUUAAAGUGCCUCGGCCGAGGUUGCGGCUCCCGGGGAUCGAACGGGACAGGGCUGGCGGCGUCUUCCCCAGCCGCAGGCCCUUCAGCUGUGAUGCGGAGCGGCAAAGUCGAGAUGUUUUCCCUUGCCCGGUGUUCAGGAAGAGAGGUCCAAGAGUGAGGCUGCUUCUCCCCUGUGCCUUUACUCUCCACUCCGACGUGGGGAAGGACCUUCGCACCCUCUCUGCCUACCUCCAGUUAGGACUGGUCGAGGACUCAGGGACGUCACUCUGCUGCCAGCUCUCAAGUUAAUUCACUGUUCCUCUGCCUCUUGGGAGUUAAUUUGAAUUCCCGGACCCCCGCCUCUCCCAGCUGCCAGUAUUUGUACAGAAUGUCAUCUGAUGAGGAAAGAGGCUCACCUCCGGUUUUACGUAAUGACUCCGACCGAGGCAGUUCUGUCUCUUCAGAUCUUCAGGAAGAGUAUGAAGAACUGCUUCGUUAUGCUGUAGUGACUCCAACUAUUGAAUCAAGUGCUUUACAGCCCUCUCAUUCUAAGGGAGAAGUGGUGCCAGAUACUAGAAUUCCUACUAUAAUUGAUGAUAUUCUUCAAAAUCAAGCAGAAAAUAGUCCUGCAGUAAGAGAAACAAGGAUGGAAGUUGGAAAAGGAUGUGAUUUAAAUAUUUCAGGUCAUUCAAAGACUGAUGGCUCAUCACCAGUGUCAUCCCCCAGGAAGCCGCCUCACCCGGUCAUGGAUUUUUUCAGUACAAAUCUUUUAGUUGACUCUUCCUCACCAGGGUCUCAUUCUAGUCCUAUAGAUGCCCAUGAAAUUGUUGUGAGCGAUUUUCUUAUUUCUGAUGAAAACCUUCAAAAGAUGGAAAACGUGCUUGAUCUUUGGAGUUCAGGGCUUAAGACAAACAUCAUAUCUGAACUAAGUAAAUGGAGACUUAAUUUUAUUGACUGGCACCGAAUGGAAAUGAAAAAAGAGAAAGAAAAACAUGCAGCAGAGGUGAAACAACUGUGCAACCAGAUCAACAGCUUGAAGGAGCUGCAGAAAGCCUAUGAAGUUUCCAUUGGGAGAAAAGAUGAGGUGAUUUCUAGCUUGUCUCAUGCCAUAGGCAAGCAAAAGGAACGGAUAGAGUUGAUGAGAACAUUCUUUCACUGGCGAAUCGGCCACGUCAAAUCCAGACAAGACGUUUAUGAAAGUAAACUAGCCGACCAGUACUUCCAGAGGACUUUACUGAAGAAAGUCUGGAGAGGCUGGCGGUCCCUAGUGCAAAAGCAGUGGAAAGAAGUGGUGGAACGAGCUUGUCAAGCAAGAGCUGAGGAAGUUUGUCUCCAGAUUUCCAAUGACUAUGAAGCCAAAAUUGCUGUGUUAACUGGAACUUUGGAAAAUGCAAAAGCUGAGAUCCAAAGGAUGCAGCAUGAAAAGGAGCAGUUUGAAGAUUCCAUGAAGAAAGCUUUCAUGAGGGGUGUAUGUGCGUUAAAUCUAGAAGCCAUGACUAUAUUUCAAAACAGAGGUGAGACAGGAACAGACUUCACAAAUAAUAAAAGGGAAGAAUAUGGUCCUGGUGUUCAAGGAAAAGAACAUUCUGCUCAUCUGGAUGCUUCGGGUCCUCCAGUGCCCUCAGUGGUGCCACCAUCCCCACCCACAGUGGCCAUGGGAGUGCCCAGCGCUGCUGCCUUUCCCUCUGCUGCUUCCAUCACUUCCACUGGGGCCGCUUCUGCUUCUUCUGUCCACCUUCCUGUUUCUGCUGCUCAUGGCGCUGGAUCAACAGCCACGGCUGCUGCUGCACCAGAAGAAAUGUUUGUGCCCAGGGUUGUGACGUCUGCACAACAGAAAGCUGGGAGAACAAUCACAGCCCGGAUCACAGGGAGAUGUGAUUUUGCUUCAAAAAAUAGAAUCAGUAGCAGUUUAGCUAUAAUGGGCGUUUCUCCUCCCAUGAGCUCCGUUGUUGUGGAAAAACAUCAUCCGGUCACAGUGCAAACCAUUCCUCAAGCUACUGCAGCAAAAUAUCCCCGGACCAUCCACCCUGAAAGUAGUACCUCGGUUUCCAGGUCUCUAGGAACCAGAUCAACUCACACGCAAUCUCUCACAAGCAUUCAUUCCAUAAAAGUGGUUGACUAAAAAGAAUGUUCAUAUUGAGGUCUUUUAAUUCUUCUGGUUUUAACCAAGAAUUACAAGUCUUUAGUUUUUAAAAUUUCGUAUUCUUAGAACACCAUGGAUGCGUCAUGUUCAUUUUUUCAAAAUGACAAGAGACUUUUUCAAGCUGUACUAUCCUUUGUAACUGUAUGUAGGGUUAUUUUAAUUUUAUUUUUUAUUUAAGCAACUAAGUAAAACUUUCUUAAAUUAAAAAAGAAACUGGAUUUUUUUUAAUAGGCUCAGCCUGUCACUGAUUACAUCACAGUAUAUAAAUCCUGUUUUUGCAAUAUUACUGCCAAAAGGCUAAAUCAGUUAACUUUGAGAACUUUACUAAAAAAAAAAAUUAUUAAAACUAACGCAGGAGAGUUCCCAUGUGGUGCAGUGGUUCCGACUAGGAACCAUGAGGUUGCGGGUUCGGUCCCUGGCCUUGCUCAGUGGGUUAAGGAUCCUGCGUUGCUGUGGCUCUGGUGUAGACCAGUGGCUACAGCUCCGAUUAGACCCCUAGCCUGGGAACCUCCAUAUGCCUCGGGAGUGGCCCUAGAAAAGGCAAAAAGAAAAAAAAAAAAAAAAAACUAAUGCAAACUAAAUUUUUUAUAUGACAGUUUAAAAGGUAAGGCCCAGAGUAAUAAUGUUUUAUCACAAAGUUUUUCAUGACUUUAGUACAUUAGUACCAUUUUUCUAGGACUAUAACAAAAAUAGGGGGAAAUGGCAAUACUUAUGAAUCAUUUUUAAUGUUGAAGGGAAAAAAAUUUUUACUAGCACAAAAACAGUGACAGAAACAUCAAAAAGAAAUUUCCUAUUCAAAUGAUCCUGUUUCUUACCUUUUUGAAACUCUACGGCGUUGAACCCUUUUUGCCUCUGAACAUCCAUUUGUCCUGUGGUGGUCCAGCCCUAGGCAGAGACUUCACUCGCUGGUCAACAGGAAGAAAUCAUCUGGGCAAAA